AUGGCAGGUAAAAAGGGCAAAAAGCCUGACACAAAAGAGAAGAAACCUGCAGCCAAGAAGACUGGCGGUGAUGCCCCUGCCGCUGGUGCUGGUGACGGUGCCGCCAAAAAGGGUGACCCUAAUAAAAAGACCGAGAAGGGGAAGUCCCACUGCAGCCAGAACCCUGUCCUGGUUAGAGGAAUUGGCAGGUACUCCCGAUCUGCUAUGUAUUCCAGAAAGGACUUGUGCAAAAGAAAGUACUCAGCUGCAAAAACCAAGGUUGAAAAGAAGAAAAAGGAGAAGGUCCUUGCUACUGUCACAAAACCGGUUGGUGGUGACAAGAACGGCGGUACCCGGGUGGUAAAGCUUCCAAAAAUGCCCAGGUAUUAUCCUACCGAAGAUGUGCCUAGGAAGCUGCUGAGCCAUGGCAAAAAGCCCUUCAGUCAGCACGUGAGAAGGCUUCAGGCCAGCAUCACUCCUGGGGCAGUCCUGAUUAUCCUCACUGGGCACCACAGGGGCAAGAGAGUGGUUUUCCUGAAGCAGCUCCAGUACUCCGAGUCAGCCAGAUCCCACGAGCCUGAGGUGGUCUGUGCUUCCUCAGACAAUUCUGGCAGAAUUCUUGGAAGAUGCUUGUUCCUGGAGAACAGAAAUGAAGAUUACAUGGAGAACCUUGUUCUGACCCCUAAGAUGAAGUGGCGAAGUAGAAAAGGUAUUUAUCUGCUCAACAGCAAAGACACUGCGGAAAAGAAGAGAUCCAGGAGAAGGAGUGAGAGAGAAACGUGUCAGCAGUGUGAGAAGAAGGAACAUCUCUCUCCUAAGGUUCAUCUCAAUGUGACCAUGGAGAUGUCCUCACUGCUCGUGAUGAAUGCCAUCGAAGAGCUUAUACUCCUGUAG